AUGAGUGAUGAAGAUCCCAGGCCGGCGGAGGUGAAGGUCCAGAGUCACGGCGGGAGCGAAGGCCGCUGCGCCGUGUGCGGAGACAACGCCUCGUGUCAGCACUACGGCGUCCGCACCUGCGAGGGCUGCAAGGGCUUCUUCAAGAGAACAGUGCAGAAGAACGCUAAGUACGUGUGUCUGGCUAAUAAGGACUGCCCUGUGGACAAGAGGAGGAGGAACCGCUGCCAGUUCUGCAGAUUCCAGAAAUGUCUGGCCGUGGGCAUGGUCAAAGAAGUGGUCCGCACAGACAGCCUGAAGGGUCGGCGUGGGCGCUUACCCUCAAAACCCAAAACUCUGGAGCCGUCGUCCAGCUCUGGGUCCCUCAACAUAAUCUCGUCUCUGGUCCAGAACCACGUCCGGUCCAACCCCAGCGCAGACAAACUCGACUUCUCCCAGUACCAGGAGGCGGCGGAGAAGGCGGUGGGGAAGGAGGACGCCGGAGACAUAGAGCAGUUUUACGGCCUGCUGAGCGGAGCGCUGGACGUGAUCAAAGCGUGGGCGGAAAAUGUGCCUGGAUUCUCUGAGUUCUGCUCCGAAGAUCAACAGCUGCUGCUAGAGUCGGCCUUCGUCGAGCUCUUCAUCCUCAGACUGGCCUACAGGUCUGAGCCGGAGCAGCAGAAGCUGGUGUUCUGCAGCGGCGUGGUGCUACACAGGCUGCAGUGUGUGAGGAGCUUCGGCGACUGGAUCGACUCCAUCCUGGACUUCUCCCAGAGUCUGCACCGGAUGAAGCUGGACGUGGCCAUGUUCUCCUGCCUCUGCGCGCUCGUCAUCAUCACAGACCGCCACGGCCUGAAGGAGCCCAAGCGAGUGGAGGACUUCCAGAACCAGCUCCUGUCCAGCCUCAGGGACCACAUGAGCGACUCUCAGCCCAACUCCCUGUCCCGCCUCCUGGGGAAGCUGCCCGAGCUGCGGACACUGUGCACCCAGGGCCUGCAGCGGAUCUUCUACCUGCGGCUGGAAGACCUGGUGCCUCCCCCGCCCAUCGUCGACAAGAUCUUUCUGGACACGCUGCCUUUCUGA